GUCCUUCUCUCUCUCUCUCUCUCUCUCUCUCUCUCUCUCUCUCUCUCUCUCUCUCUCUCUCUCUCUCUCUCUCUCUCUCUCUCUCUCGUUCUUUCGAGCUGAGUUUGACUGCAUGCAUGAUCGUGUCAUGGCACGUCGACAGCCUCCUGGUCCAGUGUCCAAUGGAGGUGAUGGGAGAUCCCGACUUAAUAGUCUCAGAAGUCGAGUUGAGUCGCUGGGGUACGAAUGGUUCCCGCUCCCAGCUGCGAAUGGCAGGCUUGCCGGAAUGGUGGAGAGGCUUGUGGGAGACCUUGCGAACGCAUUGGAGGAGAAAAGAGAGUCAAAAAGGGAGGCAGAGGUGGCGAGAAGACAGUCCCAGGCUGAGGCUCACAAGGUGGAGGUGCUGCUCAAGGAAAAUGGUCGUCUGGUUAGAGAAAACAACCAGCUGCACAUGCAGAUCAUACAAGAGGCGGAGGUGGGAUCCACGUCCCAGAGAGAGAGCUCUCUGCACAUGCGGAGGUUAGAAGGGGAGAUUGAAUCGCUAAGGUACUGGAAGACCCAAAGCAUGGACCGCAUGAGAGUUCUCGAGAGUGAUAAUGAGGCACUACGCAACCGCCUUCAGCAGUUGUUGAAUCCCCCAUUGAACUCGACGAGCAUCAAAUUCCCUCGAAGCCAGACUCAGGGAUCUAUGGCGGUAUCAGUUGCUCUAGAUGGCCAGCCCAAAGGCAGCUGGCAGCCAGCAGGAUAUUCUUCUGACGCUCUUGAAAGGAAGAUUGCAGAGUACAGAAAGAUGGCAGACCUGAGCAUCAGCGCCAUCAAACGGGAGCUAAACACCGCACAGGAGGAGCAGGCAGAGUUGCAGCGACAACUUCGUGAUGCGGAGGUGUGUCGCGAGGUUCACACCACAGCUUGUUACCUGAUACGAUUGUGACACACUGUGCACAGAGCCGCCAUCAUUGACAUCGUGUUGGAUUGUAUGGUUCACGGUCCCUGAUAGAGGAGUUCAGGGCUGUUCAUCAGUUGACGAUUGGUGGCUUGCCUUUGAUUUCUCUCUCACAAUUAAGUCUCAAGGCAUUUUAAAUUUCAAAUUUUGUUAAUGAAAAGUAAAACUUGCA